AUGCCACAUCGGCCGUCGCGUGGUGCCAUCAGCCGGGUCGCCUUACUUGCUGCAUCCAGCAGGGCGGGUAAGCGAAAACAGGCUACUGCUGGCGCCUCCAUUCUUUCUGCUUCACAUGCUUUUUCUUCCCCCUCUCCCCACCCCAUUACUAACUCUCUCCUUGUAGGCCCAGCACUUAGGACUGAUGACUCCGUUCGUCAUGCAUCGGUUCCUUCUGGUGGUAUGGCAGGUGGGCACCGAAGGAGUGCGAACGAGGUGAACGAUUUUUGCGAAACCAUCAAUGAUCGAAGGGGCGCGGUCUUCUUGAAUAAUGAAGAACGCCUCGACCGUUGGACCGAAAAAUUCGAACAACAAUUCUCGUGGCCACCUAGCCUCACUUAG